GUGGGCAGGGGGCCGCCGGCCUGGGGCAUCGCCGGGGCCAGGGUCGAGCCGAGCCGCCUUUCCCUGAGGCAGCGCCCAGAAAGGGGCGAGGUGUCGGUCCAGAAUGCCGGAGAGAGUUUCUGAGGUCUGUGGGUUAGAUGCUGGUGUUUCGGUAGGCAGCCUUGCUUUAAUUCCACGGGGAGAAGGGAUCUCACGAGGAUGAUUCAACUUGGGCCAAGAGAAAGCACGGACCGGCCCCGGAGCUUCCUCACUUUCGAUUAUUGUAAAGGUCUGGUUUCGGUCUCGGUCUCUGAGACAAUAAGUUGUUUCUUUUGGAGUUUUUUCCCUUCUGCACUGUGCGCCUUGAGCCCUCCUCAAGGUGGGAUUGACAGAGUUUGGCUUCUUGCUGGGUCUGUUGGUUGCUAACCAUUUUGCUGAGGUAUCCAUAGGAUAUUAAAGUGCAGCGAUUACUGUAGAUUUGGUGUUUACAUAGAGAGAGGCAAAUCGGGAUUAUACUGUUCUAUCCACUGGAGAUUGCUUCUAGAAGAAACUUCUCUGAGACCACGCAAAAUUAUUGUUUUUCCCCAGAUCUCAUAGUACUGAGAGAAGCUGUUUUAAAAUAAUAGGCUUGUAGACCCCCCUGCAAAGCUGCUGUUUUCCAUGCAGCACUUGGGUUCCCCAUUUUCCAGGUACCCAAGUGGCAGCGUAUUACAGGAGCUGUCACUCCAUGCAAGGACACAGCGAGUUAUACUUUUUCAUUUGACAUUGUCUUAGUCAAUCCCCAUAGUUACAAUUUGUUAACAAAUCAAUGCAAAUUUGCCUCUUCUUAGGCUGUCUGAAGCCUACCUGACUGUAAACCUGCCUCUGAGUCAUAUCUUGCUGUCUUCAAGCUUUUGCCUCAAGUUUCUUUGAUGUAGUAUUAGGCCUUUAGGUAGGACAGCUUCACCCAGAAAGGUUGCUAGUCUUGUGACUCAAUAUACUUGAAUACAAGGCAAGUUGUUUUAAGCUCUUUCACCUCUUAUUGCUCAGGUUUGUGUAUACACAGGCUUUAUCUCUGAAAUCUUGCCAGAAGUGGAAUCUCAGUUAUGUUGUGUUUUCUGAUAAGCUGUGGGAGGGAGGGAACUGACUGAUGGGUGUUGUGGGGGAUUUUUUGUUUUGAAAUUUUUUUUUUUUAAUGUCUGCUUAAAUCCCAGCUGGAAAUACAGCAUUUAUCCUCAGAACACAGCUAGGAGAAAACACCAAGGCUAAUUUUAGCUUUUCAAGAAUUUGGAUUGGUGGGACAUCUAACCUGUGAAAUUACUAUUACAAGGGCAAGUGAGCGAUAGAAACCACCUUCUAAAAGAAGCAGAGAUAUUACACAAAGCCAGGUUUAGUUACAUUCUGCCAAUUUUGGGAAUCUGCAACGAGCCAGAAUUUCUGGGGAUAGUAACAGAAUACAUGACCAAUGGGUCAUUAAACCAGCUAUUGCAUGGGAAAGAUGUAUAUCCUGACAUUCCCUGGUGCCUGAGAUUCCGCAUUCUUUAUGAAAUUGCUUUGGGAGUGAACUAUUUGCACAACAUGAAUCCUCCAUUGCUGCACCAUGACUUAAAAACACAGAACAUUUUGCUGGAUGAUGAGUUUCAUGUCAAGAUUGCAGAUUUUGGCAUGUCCAAAUGGCGUGUCAUAUCCACGUCCCAGUCCCGAAGCGAGUCCUCCUUGCCGGAAGGAGGGACGAUUGUCUACAUGCCACCUGAGGAUUACAACCCCAGUCUGAAAACCCGGGCAAGUGUGAAACAUGACAUCUACAGCUAUGCAGUUAUCAUAUGGGAAGUGAUGUCAAGGAAACAGCCAUUUGAAGAAGUUAUAAACCCCUUGCAGAUAAUGUACAGCGUGUCACAAGGACAGCGACUAGACUUGAGUGAGGGAAGUCUAUCAAUGGACAUUCCUCAUCGAGGGCUGAUCAUAAGGCUGAUGGAAAGUGGAUGGGCACAAAACCCAGAUGAAAGACCAUCCUUCUUAAAAUGUUUAAUAGACCUGGAGCCAGUUCUGCGAACAUUUGAUGAAAUAGCUAUGCUGGAAGCAGUACUUCUCUUAAAGAGAUCAAAGUCACUAUAUGAAUCACAAAGUAUUUACAAGAGUGGAAAGAAAGGAAAUGUGGAGCAGAUACCUCUAAAUAUACCUCUGAAUCCUGAAAAGCCAACAUAUUCUAGCUCCAUAGAGUGUGAUCCUCUUCCCCUUCGGAGCAUCCCUCCAGAUACAUCAAAAUUCAAGUCUAUUCCCCAGUGUAAUAUCCUCUCAUCAGAUGGAAAUUCUGGAUGUCUACACUCUCUUAGCAGCCAGAGCACAGAUGAAAAUCUGUCUGUAACUCAGAGUGCCAAACUGCUUGUGCAUCCAUACAGUGCUGGUCUCUCACCUGCCAGGGGUAUUUCAGAUGCCCCAAGUUCUGCAUCCCAUGUGCUGCGGUCAUCGCCGAUUCCUCCAGAUUUUGUAUUGGAAACCAUGCAAAAGAAUGUAGCUCAUCAGUGGAUCCAAAGUAAAAGAGAAGAAAUUAUUGAUCAGAUGACUGAAGCAUGUUUGAAUCAAUCACUGGAUGCUCUUCUAUCAAGAUUUUUACUCAUGAAAGAAGAUUAUGAACUUAUAAGCACCAAACCUACAAGGACAUCAAAAGUACGACAACUGCUUGAUACUUCAGACAGCCAAGGAGAGGAAUUUGCCAGAAUUAUAGUACAGAAGUUGAAAGAUAACAAACAGCUAGGACUUCAGCCUUAUCCAGAUAUUGUAUCUAAUUCUCAAAGACUGCAUCUUUAAAUUUAUUCUUUCUUUAUGAAACCAUGUGAAUAUUUCUUACAACAUGAUUCUUGUUUCUAAUAUGGUAUUUUAUUUAUAUUUAGCUUUGUCUUUGCUGUGCCUUUGUAAGAGUAUCAGAAAUGACCCUGAGUUCUUCUAGCCUGCAUUUGGUCAGUAAUCAAUUAGUAAUUUGAAGUGCAAUCAUAAAACCAAACACUUGACGGUUGCUGACUCAUUUUGUAAAAGUAUUUUGUUUAUACAUGACAAAGAAAAACAUUAAAGGUUCACCAUUUUACAUAUUUGCUGUUUAUACACAUCCUUUUCUUUCAUCUCACAGGAUUGAGGCAUGUAAUCUUAACAUUUUUUUCUCAUUCCAUCUGCUCUUUCUCACAGAGGAGGAAAAAAAACACCUAGGUUCUCUUUUCCAGGGCUGUUCUGCUGUGUGUGUAAUAAACUUCCUUCCUUAAGCCAUGCUGGUGUGCAUACAGGAGAGGAGUGGUAGGUGGGAGGAAGUUUAUAUUGCAUUUCUGCAGGAUUUUUUAUUGUUUUGUUUUGUUUGUUUUUCCCAUUUUGUUGCCAGAGCAAGUGCCUCAGACCACAGCAUAAGAAGAAUUUUAGUCCAAAGAGGAGCCCAAGGGGAAGGAGGACGUUGUGCUUGUCAUCUUUGUUCUGCUCAGGAGUGAUAUAAGAGAAAGGCUGCAGCUAUAGCAUUUUGCAUUGUUUGGUUAUAAACACUUCAGCUAUUCUUGAAAUCAUUGUAGGAUGAGAUCCAGGAAGAACUUACAUAAGGGCAUCCUCACUUAACACCUUUUAACAUUUCCUUGGUCAUCUGCCUUGCCUUUGUCACCUGCCAUCUUACCACCCCUUACCUUUGUCAUCUGCCAUAAAUACUUCUUAUGUCAUGUUGCUAGAUCAAACUUCUAACUCAAUUUUAUGUUUGGUAUUUACAUGAUGAACUACAUAAGUAGUUGGGUCUGUACAAAGAUCAAUCAUUCCUGCUCUGCCAUGCUGGAAAUAAUGUGCAGGGGUCUCUUCUGCUAUCACCUGCCUUAACCUCCUCUAGAUCACAUCUCUGCUGUCCUUUUUGUCUGAAGGACAGGAACAUGUUGAGGCACAGGUGAGGCCACCCAAGAGGAAAAGGUAUGUGGUAUUUCUUCAGUUACUUUCACAAGACCUUAGUGACUUUAUCUAGAUGACUUCAAAACUAGUAAAAAAUUACUAGUUUUAAUUUGUCAGAACACAGCACAGGCAGAUUAUUUUUGCAAGCACUAAUAAAUAAUUACAAUUUCUGCUCAGGCUAUUUAAAAUUUGGGAAAAUACAAUCUCCACAUACAAGAAUGGUGAAAUAUACCUAAAUUACAAUAUAAAAAGGAGCAGAUAAAUGAAAAAUCCUAAGGGAUGGUUGUUUCAAAACCUAUGGAGAUGUAAGACCUGCCCCAUUUCAAUGAUUCAAGCUUCAGUGUCAUUAGUGGUUGCCAACAGCUUACUUUUUUCAAUGUCUUUAUGAUUUUGUGAACUGAAUCACAAAAAUACAAUGUAUAGUUUGUUGGAUAGGAGAGGUUUAAUUUUUUUUUUUAAUAAAGAAAGUUUUUGACAUAAA